UUGUACGUUUCGUACUUGGUGCUAAUCUUCUUUGACAGUUGCUGCUGUACGAACAUCGUACAAUUUUUUUAAAUCUUCUUUUCGAAUUCAUAUAUAAAACCAUGUGGAACGGCAGAAGUUACGAAAGUAGUAAGGAUUUUAUGGAGUCACCGGUAGUGGAAUGGUUUGAGAGCUGCGUACACUGUUUUAUUAAAUGUAAGCUCACCAUAGAGGAGAUUGCGGAUGGGGUCUUGAUGUACAAAGUUUUUAGGAAAAUGGGGAUUCAUGACUAUAUAGAGGAUAUAAAAGAGCCUUUGUCGGACCACGAGCUACGACUGAAAAAUCUGGUAAUCGUAAUGCGCAAUAUGAAGAAGUUCUAUGAAAUUGACUCUGUGCUCAUGAAGGAGCCCAAUUUGCAAAUGAUUGCUAAAGCACCUGAAGAUAAUUUAGAUGACCUCGAGUUAUUACUAGUUUUAUUCUUGGGUUGCGCGAUGAGAUGUCCAAACAAGAAGUAUUUUAUCGACAAUAUUAAGAGAUUCAAUUGCUCCACCCAGGAAGCUCUUUCAGUAUAUAUCGAAAAGAUAACCGAUUUUCCGGAGUUAGUCUUGUCUCGUGAUAUGCUGCUGUUCAAGUCAGACAACGGCGGCGGACACUGUAACUCAGUCUCUUUACAUGCGCAAAAAGUAAAUAAAGCUUUCGAAUAUUUCAAGAAAAUCAACGACGAGUAUACAAAUUUUGUAGAAAAAGAAAAAGACAAGACAGAAGAAUGCUGUGGGGAGCUUAAUAUGUGGAAGGCUAAAGCUAAAAAACUCGAAAAAACGCAAGUAAUAUAUUUAGAAGAAUUAGAAAAAAUUGAAAAUAAACUUACAUUUAUCCUAAGAGAAAAUACGCGUUUAGCGUGCGAAGCCAAAUCAGCAAAGGAUUACCGGGACGCUCUGGACGUCGCAAUGGAUAAAGCUUCUCGAUUCGACGACCUAGAACAACAAAUCGACAGGUACAAAGAAAAAAUAGAAAAAAUGGAACACUAUAGAGCCCGCGUGAACGAGUUAACAACUGAAAAUGACCUGCUGCACAAGAGCAAGAAAGAACUCAUCGACCAGCUUAACAUCUACAAAUCUAAAGCUAAGAACAUUACAAAUAUUGAAUUUCAAAUGGUUGACCUUCAGGAUGAGUUCGAAAAACUUGCAUCGGAGAACGGCGACCUCAAGAAAAGGACUGCUGAAUUAACAUCGCUUAAUGAUGAAUUAGAACGCCGGAUAAAGCAGCAGUCGGCUUUGUCUCUUAAGAGCGGACGCCUGGUCGACGCAGCGUCCAACACGAUCAAGGACCUGCUGGAGGAUACGUGCCACUGUGGUAAAAAAAAUACAAAAGAUUCCGAACUCAUCAUUUCAGCUCUUGAGGCUGAGAAGAAGGAAUUGGAAAAAUCAUUAACUGCGAUGCAAUCAAGCCUCGAUAAAAAGAUUGUUUCGCUAGAAGCUGCAACGAGGGAUAUUAAGGAAUUAACAAGUUUAGUGGAGCUGUUGGAGCCGCCACCGGGCAAACUGUGUGUAAUUGCGUUGGAUAAAACGAAGAGAGACUUGCAUCAGAUUAUGAUGCUGAAGGACCGGUUGGAGGACGAACUCAAGCGCGCCCAUCUUGAGAUCCAAUCUCAGAGUGAAAAACUCGAAAUGAUCGAAGAGCAUAGGCGACAGGAGGCCGAGAACUGCGCCGAAUGUCACAAAAUGAAGUUGCUCGUCGAACAACUGCGACUUGACAUACAGAAGAAAGACAGCCAAAUCAACGAUCUUGACCUAAAGACUGACAGAUUAGAAAACGAAAACGAAUACCUGACAAAGCUGCACGAGAAAAUGGACAUAGAAAAAGUUAACUACAUGAAAGAGCUUGCACGCACAGUAAACUUGAACCAUGAACUGGUUUCGCAGGCAAUCGCAGACAGAGAAAAAUACCUCGAAGACGAGAGAAGCCACCGCGAAGCUAUGAUUGAACUUCGACGUGUAAAGGAGAAGCUCGAAUUCAAGCUCAUAUGGCAUUUUAUGCACAUGGGAGAUGCUAAACUACAUAAGAAAGAGAAUCGUGCAGUGAAAUUGGUAAAGAAAACCAUUAGAACAGUCCGUAAGUUUAGUGCAGGACUUUUCCGUACGGACAGCACAUCAUCGGGAGAGUCGAAUGCCGCAGAACCAUCUGAUGACAUUAUCUUCGUUAAUGUCAACCAUAAUUGUUUCAAUGAACGUGAGGUCCAACGUGCACGUGACGACAAGAAAGGUAAAGAAGACAAAUGAAAAGUAUAGCUUUAGAAACUGUAACGUCUGUUACACAAAGCAAAACAUUAAAAGCUUUCUGAUAACGAAAUUAUCGUUGCUAGCGACUUGGUAUUGCACGAGUCAAUCGUCGUAUUUAAAUCAUUUAAACACAAGUCAACUUAAAUUUAAUUCCGUCAUCUUUGUAAAUUUUCUCACCUUAAUUCAUUAAAAAUGCUUUUACCAAUUACUUGGUAACGCGAACACCCCUGUAACAUAAACAUUAAUUAUAUAAAAAAUUAUAAGAGUCCACAGUUACACAUAGCUUACGUAACAUUACGUAACAUUCUUUUGCGUUGUUUGUCAACUCCGGAUAUCACCGAUCAACGCAUCUCAAUAGAUAUUUUAAAUAUUAUCCAGCGAAAAUUUUUCAAGAUCGUUACUCGCGUGUCACUAAAUUUUUUAUUCCGAGAUCUUUUUCAUAAUUCUGAACAUAUUGAAAUUCAUUGAAAACAAGUAAUUUCUUUAUUAUAAAAAAUUGACAAAAAUUUGCUUACGAACAACAUUUUUGAAUCAACUUUUUAUAAUGGCAAUAUUCUAAUUGUAGAGGUAAGUGGGGUAAAGUGGAAAAUUUUUUAAAAACUAAAAUAUUCUAGAAAGCAUAAAAGUACGUCUGCACACGUCGGUAUAUCAUAACAAUUUAUUUACGGUUAUUACAAAUACACCUAGAAAUACAUCCAACUUUACCCCAUUUUCCACUUUACCCUACUUACCUCUGAUUUUUUUAAAGCAUAUGGCAUCAUUAUAAUUCCAGUGGCACGCAAACUUUCUUCUUUGAAAUUUAAUUAUAUUCAUUUUCAUUGCGUAGUAAUAAAUAUGUCACCAACAAUUUUUUUAUAGCACUGCGUGACUUAAGUUAGCACUUCAGUAUAACGCCUAUCCGUGACUUAAAUAGUCCACCUUUGCACCGUGUUUAGUUCACUCGUUGGCGAGCGUUUGUGCCCUAAACUCAUGGCGCAAACUUAAUUCACGGAUAUAAAAACCGUGAGUGCUGAUUUAAGAAUGAUCGGCAUUGUACAACACUCGUGACUCAAGUAUUCCACCGUUACGCGUCGUGACGAUAUUAGCUCUUGCUUGUGCUCGGGCGCUAAUGUCAUGCCGUGCAAUGACGGGCUACUUAAGUCUCACAUGUCGCAAUAUGAUUUACUAAUGUACGUAAGAACAAGUAUAGUGAUCAGUGUGUCAUGUGUAAAAAUCACACUAUAAUAUAAAACAAAGCAAAAAAAACAAAUAUAUUUAUCUUAAUUAGUAUAUAAUGAAUAAUAUAUUUAUUGAAACUUGAUUUUCAUUAAAAUACAUUUCUUUUUAAGUUUAAUUGAAUGCCUGUUAUUUUACAAAUGAUAUGGAAACUUGUUAACCAUGGUAAAUAUCAGGGAAUAUUAUAAACAUUUUUGAGAGGAUGAUUGCAGCAACUUCUCAAAAACCUUAUUUCUUUUGUACGGUGAUUAUGACGACUCCUGCUGUUCAGCAUGUUUCUUUUAUUAGUACACGGCGAAAAAGGAGAAUUUCAUUAUAUUAAUAACAUAAAAAAACGAAUAGAUAGUGUAAUUUUUCAAUGAAUGUCACAUGAGAUAUUACAUUUAAGAAUUAAAUGUUUAUUUGAUAUUUUUAAAUAGACAUUUAUUCCUACACUUCAAUACAGAACAUUGUAUUUAAUAUUUAGUACCAUUACUAAGCAACGAUCACUGUUAAAAAUACAUUAUUUAAAUGUACAAUAUUCCUGUAUACAUAUCACAACCACGUGCGAUAAUAGUCAUUAAUCUUUAUACAAAAUGUAAUUGAAAAUACACUUAUCUAUCAAUGUCAUCUUCUUCGUAAUUUUCUUGUUCAUCCAGUACCUCCUGAAUCAUAUCUUCAAUAUCCUUAAGCAUUACCAACAACAUAUUAUCCUCAGUUCCACUUCUGAUGGAGUUAUUACGUAACAAAACGCAAUAUCGUGUAAUGGCAACUGCCAGUCUGAAGUAAAGCGUUUUGCGUCGGUCGUGGUUGAUUAGCAGAUUGACGUUGAAGAGUAAUCUGCCGAAUACACUGCCGUUCACCGCUACAUCGAGUACUUUUGUUAGGAAGACUCGGCGGUGUUGGUCGUCCAUACCAACGAAGAUUCUAGCGGAGGACAUGUAGCUCUCUAUUAUGCUCUCGAAGCUCAUGUUAGUGGUAGACUCGACCGAUGACUGAUCGAUAUUAAACACGGUAUGUGUGUGGUUUCUACAGCAUUUAAGGACGAUUAGUACAGCAUAACCGUUCCCACUUCAAUGUACUACUGAAGAUACGGUAUAAACCUUCAGAGGAUUAAGCAACUUUAGCUCAUAUCCUACGUCAACUAAUCUGCUUCCAAAUUUAUUCAUCUCAUACAUAAACAGACUUGCCAGAAAAUCUGUAAAUCAUUAAGUCAUUCUGGACAUUUGUUAACCAUAGAGAUUUCAUUAAAAUAUUUCGAAAAUCGAUUGUAAAUUAUUCAGUUAUGAUUCUAAGUUUUUUUUUCAUGAUUUACAAAUUGGUACAAAGCCAUUAUCUGUUUGACGUGAAUGAACCCAUAUACAUGGUGUCCCAGUUUAACAUCGACAUUAAGAUAAUUUAAAACUGCAAAGUAUUCGAAAAUUGUUUCAGAUAAAAUUUGUAUGGUUCAAAGGGGGUCUAUCAACGACGACAUUAAAUUUGACCUUGAACUUGAUUCUCAUUUCUUUUCUUUUUGGCAAAUCACCCGUCACUUUUAGGAUACAGCGAAAAAUGUCUCAGACAACAUCUGCUAAACUUCGGUAAUUGCCUGUGACACUGAACUUUAUUUUCAAGGUAAUUUCAAGUUCAACUCUGUUUUCUUUAAUGUGGACCUCAUUGUUUAUCCCGGGUUCAGAAAGAUCGGGCAAUAUUCUACAGAACCUAAGCAGCCAAGGGAUCUGACAAAUGGCUGCUUAACUUAAUAACAGGGUGGCCUAUUGCUCACGCAUCGUGAAAACCUUAUCUGCGAGUACUUAAGUUUAGCGCUUACCAAGGCCACGAACAAGGUCUUAUCUUCCAGCCAAUUAAAGCAAAAUGGUGUAAAGGUCCAAUCAACUAAGGCAAGAUCGCGUAAAGAUCCAGUUAAUUAUGGCAAGAUCAUACAGAGAUCCGAACCAUUAAGGAAAGAUCAUAUAGAGAUCCGAUCAGUUAAGGCAAGAUCGUGAAGAGAUCUAGCCAUUUAAGGCAAAAUGAUGUAGAGAUCCAGCCAUUUAAGGCAAGAUCGUGUAGAGAUCCAGCCAGUUAAGGCAAAAUAAGUGUCCACCAUUAUUUCAAAUGUCCACCAAACACAUCAACAACCGCCAGCGUAACUUACGCUGUACACGAAGAAUUUCAGAAUCUAUCACUUUGCUCUUGUAAUUCGAUCCAUCAUCUUCAAUGGUGUUGGAAGUUUAUAUAACAAAAUAUUUUUCACACAUCUCCACAAUCAAUUAAGCUUAAAUCCGGAGAUUUAGGAGGCCACGCUAUUGGUCCACCCUGCUCUAUUCAUCUAUUUCACAGUAGUUCCGAUAUCUACUGAAGAACCGACAUAUGGCGCGGAAGAACCUCUACGCUGUGUCGAGUGAUAGGUCCUCUCGUUACUGAGCUAAAUAGCCAGUUAUUAGUUAGGGCACUUAGCAGCUUAGAUCAGUAUGAAUCAACAAACAGCCCUACAUGCUCAAAUUAUGUAGAUAAAAUGAUUUCGAUCAUAGCAUAAAAGCUUAUCUUGAUUCUUUUCGAAUCCAGAAUGAAAAAUGAGGUCCACAUUGAAAAAAACAAAGUUAAACUUGAAAUGACCUUGACAAUCUAUUGUUGUUUAAAACAUGUCUGAAUAAACAUUUGUUGCUGUAUCGUCCUGCCAUUGUCGGGUUAUUUGGCAAAAAAAAAGGAAUUCAGUUUGAACUUCACAAGGAAUGAUCUCGGACCCCAUAUCUGAUACCCCAUCUGAAAAUGGAAUUGCCCAUCUUUUUCGGGAUCAAAGAUAUUACAAAAUAAAUAGGCUAAU